AUGGAUGACAUUUUAACAGAAGAUAUUAGGGGUUUUGCAAAGAGUGAAAUUAUUAAGAAGUUUAAUAUUCUAAGAGAGGAAUACCAUACAAUGCAACGACGAACCGAGAAACAACAAAGAACAAUCUCAUUACAAGAACUCAGGAUUGGUGCACUUGAAACUUUUGUAAAGAUACACGAAUUUACAGAGGAGUCACAUGAAAAAGAAAUUCAAUCACGAGAUGCUAAAGUUUUAACGCUGGAAGAUAAUGUUAUGAGAUUGUAUAGUGCAAACGAAAAGUUAAUUGUCGAGUACCAGAAGCUAAAUCAUGAAAAUAAAAAUCUAGAAGAAAUGUGUGAUAAACUAAGAGACCAAUAUAUAGAUUUAAGCAAAAAGACGAUACAGACAAAAAUAAUUAUGGAUCAUCUUCUCCAACUGGCAGAAGACGCCAAUAAUAGGAUUAAUCAAUACAGGGAAGAGGUGUCAAGACUUAAAUUGGAAAGAAACAACAGCAACUUAAAAGCAGAAAUUGGAGUAUAUAAACAAAAAAUUGGUGAACAAAAUAAAACUCUGAAUACCCUUAAAACUAAACUUACUACAGUCAAGGAAAAGCACAGCGAACAGAUUGGGCAGAACAUGAAUUUAGGAGCUUUUAGCAGCCUACAAAAAAUAAAAAUUCAAAUGGAAAUUAGUAAAAUGGAUGACAUUUUAACAGAAGAUAUUAGGGGUUUUGCAAAGAGUGAAAUUAUUAAGAAGUUUAAUAUUCUAAGAGAGGAAUACCAUACAAUGCAACGACGAACCGAGAAACAACAAAGAACCAUCUCAUUACAAGAACUCAGGAUUGGUGCACUUGAAACUUUUGUAAAGAUACACGAAUUUACAGAGGAGUCACACGAAAAGGAAAUUCAAUCACGAGAUGCUAAAGUUUUGACGCUGGAAGAUAAUGUUAUGAGAUUGUAUAGUGCAAACGAAAAGUUAAUUGUCGAGUACCAGAAGCUAAAUGAUGAAAAUAAAAAUCUAAAAGAAAUGUGUGAUAAACUAAGAGACCAAUUUAUAGAUUUAAGCAAAAAGACGAUACAGACAAAAAUAAUUAUGGAUCAUCUUCUCCAACGAGCAGCAGACGCCAAUAAUAGGAUUAAUCAACACAGGGAAGAGGUGUCAAGACUUAAAUUGGAAAGAAACACCAGCAACUUAAAAGCAGAAAUUGGAGUAUAUAAACAAAAAAUUGGUAAACAAAAUAAAACUCUUAAGACCCUUAAAACUAAACUUGCUACAGUCAAGGAAAAACACAGCGAACAGAUUGGGCAGAACAGGAAGUUAGGCAGAGAACUUCAAACAAAAAUGUCAUCACGAUCAUAA